AACGCAAAUCCGGGAAACAUCCGGAUCCGGAUAGAUCAUGAUGUCGAGGACAACGGUACAAAUACUUUUGGUACUGAUCAUCUUACGAAAGACGUUUUCAUAUAAUUUGGCGCUGACAGAGAAAAUGGCAACGUUUGUUACGUCACCUGUCGUGGAACAACUAGGAGUGGCAAACAUUAGCGGUGGAAUAAAGCAACUGUCAGCUGACAUUGUUCCUUCUUAUUUUGGUUAUAGUUUUAAUAUAAUACAGAAGAGUGAUGGAACAGUCGGAAUGAUGAUAGGGUCACCUAAAAUGAUUAACCCAACAAAUCCAGCAUGGCAAGAUAAGACACUCGGAAUAAGUCAAGAACCAAAAGGAAGUAUUGAAUCAUGCGCAAUAUCUCAUUCCUUAUUUACAACCGGUGAUAUUUCAACAUGUGUGCCGGCUUACCCUAACAAUCCACAAAAUGGAGACAAUUAUGGGUUAGCAUUCCCAGUACGACCAGACGGAAGAAUUAUGACUUGCUCACCUACUCGGAUUCAAAAUUGCGGUGACUUAUUAUAUAGUCCCGGCUUUUGUUAUAAAUCGAGCGACUAUGGAUUGACGUGGGUAGAAGACGAUAACACAAAAGCAAUAAGCUGUCCUAUUUUACACGUUGAAGUCUUGUUUGUACUUGAUGGAUCUGGAUCGGUGGGAACAGAAUUUUCUAAAGUUAAAGAAUGGGUCAAAGAAAUCUCGAAGAAACUUCAACUUGAGGAAGGAAGAGUCACAGUCGGUGUCGUUCAAUAUUCUCACUAUACAAAUGCUUCGGAUAUCGACAACCAGCCGUGGAUUGUCACUCACAUAACAAUCGGACAAUUCAAAUCUUAUGAAACAUUCGCUAACGAAGUAGACAGAAUCAAAUUGCAAGGAUAUACAACUUAUACAGGAGCCACAUUGAAAAAAGUUGUCACGGACUUCAAAAAUACCAAGAACUACAACAAGGCUUCGACCAAACAGGUCAUGGUGUUACUAACUGACGGAAUGGCGAAGGAUACAGAAGAUGUUGCAGUAAAUGCGGAAUUUUUGAGACAGAUGGGAGUAAUACCGUAUGCUGUUGGAGUGGGAAGCAAUGAAACUGUGAACAGAACUGAACUGAGAUUAAUAGCAAACGGUGAUCCGGAGAACGAAACUAGAGUUUUUAUGGCAGCAGACUUUGACGGGCUAACAGCUAUUGCGAAAGAAUUGGAAGCAGCGAUAGGAGGAAUUGUACUUGAAGGUACAUUUGUACUACUGGAACUGGUGGAACAGGCUACAAAAUGGAGUUUGGUCAAUUAGGACUUGCCAGUGCCUAUGGUCGAGGAAGCACUGCAAGAAAUCGAAGAUCUUUUGUAAAAGCUCAUCCGGUAACUUGAGUUUGAUAACAAGUGAGGUCCCCAUCCUCAUACCAGUGAUCGCCAUCACUCGAUGACUGGCUUACCUUGCUGAGCGAAUACACAGACGAUUAUUACUCCUGGUUUGCGAAUUAAAAUCAGUCUGAAAUAUUGAUAGGUUUUUGUACCAGAGGGUUGAUCACGUGACGGCUGGUGGUUCUUUCAUCAUAUGAGACCAUGUAUAUGGUCCGAUUAAAUUGAUCUUAUCUCAUGACAAAAUUCAGCGAAACUUUGUUUUUACUCGUUUACGUUUAGCUUUCUUACCCGAGUUAAAUGUGAAAAAUUCUAUGCAGUACUAUUUAUGAAGCUCUUGUCAUGCGAACACUUCCAGUGUUAAUUGUUUUUCUUAAAACCAGCUUGCAGUCGGAACUAUUGGAUUGUGUUUAUUUUUCCAUGUUGACCUUUUGUGUGGAGAUGUGUGUGUGUGUGUGUUUGUGUGUGAAAACAGUAUGUUUUUAAUUUGUCUGUUGAAUGUUUCGUAUGAAUGUGUCAGUUUCUAUAUGCUCGUAUGUUUGCUUGGAACGACGGCCGCGUUUUUUCACGGAAUUUUAGGACCGGAUACGGGAAGGUCGACAAAGAUGAUUCAACUGCAAAUAAACACCUAUUGGUAAGUGUUGACAUUCCGACAAAACAAAAGGAUUUCCAUUAAAUAUAUUCUAUAAUUUCCACAGGUAUCGGAAAAUGUGUAGAUUUGCGGGAACAUCAACAAAGCCAAGUUAAAUACAGAAAUGAAAGAACAACGGGGUUGGAGACAGCAAAAUAAAUCAUUCCGAAGAGCCGAUUCCAUGACAAAGCAAUAUUCAACUUUCAGGCAUCGUUAGUCAGCGGCAUCACCACGGAAGAAUUUAUAGCACUGAUUGUACUCUACAACGGAUUUUUCUAUCUUUUAAUGCUCUGUGUUUAGCAUGAGGGAAAGAAAUUGAAAAAAUUAAAAAUAAACAAUUAUGACGCUAACCUAUUAUUUCAUCUGUGGAUUCGUUGAAUGCAUUACUACGAAAUAAAGCCCAUAUUUUAGUAUCUCUAUUUUAAUAUGUUUUGCGAGACAUGUAAAAUAUGUCGUUUUUAGUAUUUGAAGUACAAAAUAAUAAUAUUA